AUGACCUCGCCUGCGGCAUCUUGCCCAGAUGUUGUUCGGAAGAGGAAGAGUUACGAAUCAUUCUGCCAUGUCUUCGAGUCCUUCCCAAACGAUAAGUCUCUUUCUGAUUUUCUCUUAUAUAAGGGCAAUCGAGAUCCUGUGGACGCCAAUUCACACUGGACGGGCGCGACGGAGGAAAAGGUGCUGGACGAGCAAGACAUCAACGACUGGCUGGAGCAACAAGGGGAUAAAUCAAGCACUACUGCCGCUCUCGACGCCCUUGACGGUCUCGAGCCCAGGUUUGCCUCCGCAUACACUCCCUCGACGCGACCCAAGAGCCCUGGCACGAGUAGCCCUGCUUCACCCAAGAAAAGAAAUAGAGGAAGCGAGCCAUGGCAGCAGGGGGAUGUACCGCAUACCCUCCGCGAGGUUGGGGCAUUUGUAAGCAGUUCAGAAGCAUCUCCGGAGAAGAAGAAGCAGAAGCGGUGA